GAUGCUGGAUCGAAAAAAUUUUGUGUUUGGCAAUCACUAUAAAAACUUGAACACAGGGACAAUCAGCUUUUAAACGUGUUUGGAUCAUCAAAAAGCGUUACAUAUUUGAAUAAUAAUAUUAUUAUUAAAUCAUAUAAUCAGCCAAAAUGAAAUUGUUGUUAGCUGUCGUUGUUGGUGUAGCAUGUGCCGUCACUGUCAACGGUAAUCCAAUGCAUGGUCCAGCCAUGGUCAACACUGGUCACUCGGCUCAAUUCCGAUCACAAGAUAGCUUGGGCAACUAUGCUUUUGGCUAUAAUGAAGAUCAUGCCACUGGUGGUACUUUCCGUCGUGAAACAGGUAGUCCAGGCAUGGCACAUGGUUCGUAUGGUCUUCGAACUAUUGAUGGCCGUGUUCGUGUAGUCAAUUAUGUUGCCGAUGGUCAUGGUUUCCGCGCCAACAUUCAAACCAAUGAACCUGGUGUCGAUCAAGAUCAAGAUCCAGCAUCAGUAUUGAUCAACAAAGCUGCUGCCAUUGUCGCUCCCUAUCUCACCAAGCAAAUUGUACCAGCUGCCGCUCCAAUCGCUAUGCAACACAGCGUUGAAGCACCAGUUUUGGCCAACUAUGAACCAGCUCCAUAUGGUCAUGCAGGUCCAGCUGCCGCAAUCUUGUCCAAAUACGAACCAGCCGCACCACUUGUUGACUCGGCACCAUUAUCGUAUGCCGCACAACCAUAUGCUCAAUCAGCACCAAUCUUAAGUAGCGAUGAUUCCGUUUAUGGCAUGCUUAACAAAGGUGCAUAUACUGCCGAUGGUCCAAUCUAUGAUGCUGCACCAUACGGCCUUCACAAAAAAUGAAUCCAUCAAUGAAAUGGCCAUUUAUUCAAUCUUCAACUUUCCUAUCAACUCAACUUACUGAACAUUGCCCAUUCAUUAUUUGUCACUUGUCACUUUUAUAUUUUCC